UGUAGCUGGUCUCGCGGGGGCUGCUGGGAGUUGUAGUUCUGUCCCGAUGUGGGUUGUGCGGAGGGGCCAGCUCUGCAGGGCGCUGUGGGCCUCUCAGGCUCCAGCCGCCUCUUCUCGGCCCCGUGGCGCAGAGCCCGGCUCUCUCCCCGGCCCACGCUGCUGGAGUUGUGGCAUCCCUCUCCCCGAUCGUGGGGGGCUGCCUCGCUUCUGUCCGGCCUGCCAGGCCUUGCAGCCCCCGGAGUCCCAGCCUGACCUCUUCCGCCUUAUGGGCUGCAAUCACUCAUUCAACAUCAAUGUGCAGCAGCUACAGCAGCGAUUCCGGAGCUUGCAGCGCUCCCUGCACCCUGAUUACUUCAGCCAGAGACCCCAGAAAGAGCGGGACUUUUCUGAACAACACUCUUCCUUGGUUAACAGAGCCUACCAAACCCUUCUAAGUCCCUUGAGACGUGGAUUGUACCUACUGGAGCUGAAUGGAGUGGAACUGGCGAAAGGGACAGACAGUGACAUAGAUGUGGAGUUCCUCAAAGAAAUCAUGGAAAUCAAUGAGACACUGGCAGAACCUAAUAAUGAGGCUAAAAUAGAAGAGAUUGAGAGUUUCAUUGCAGUUAAACGAGAAGAAUUGACCAAGGAUGUGAGCAAAGCUUUUGAAAGAGGUUUGCCUCACAUCACCUGCCAGGAAGUAUGUGGAUCCACAACACUGCCUGCAAGACAAACUCUCUCACCAUCUUCACUACCUGAGUGACAAUCGCUGCCUGAAACUACCAGCCAAGAUGAGACCCUUGUUCCCUCAAGACCUUGUUCUGUCACCAGGAAACCAGAAGUAUUGUCUUCCCUAAUCAUCAAGAUUGUGGCCUAACAAUGGAACAAGACUCUCUGGAACCCUUCUAGUUCCAUUAAUCAGUAAAGGCAGACCAUUCAAAGAGGUGUCUCACCCUGACAGUAGAAAUGAGCCCCAGCCUCAAACCAUAGGCAGUAACUGUUGGUCCAUGAUGCUAGUUUAAGAUUCAGUUGCUUAACUUGCAGUCCCAAUCCAAAAAACAGGUCCAAAGAGUGGCCAUGUCUGUGAGUUGAUCCAGUAACUACCUCUGAUAGGCCCAUGGCUCUCAUGAUGUCCAGGAUCCCCUGUCCACCUCUGAAGAUUCAUCACCUACAUGAAGAUUGCUCUCAGUGAUUUGAAUCCUUCCCUGUAUUUCCAUAGCCACCAGGCUGAGGCAUGUAGUCCCCUUACAAAGGGACUUGACACUGCAGCAGAGCCAAUGGUACACUAAAAUCAGUCCCACCUUAAUCCCAUCUGGGGCUUGCAUGCUAAAUGGACACAUACUCUGUCAGAUCCAGUUUGGAGACAACUUCCUAUAGGGGAUGCAAUCAGGUGCAAGGAUAUUUUGUGCCCUAGGCAAAACUUUCACCUUGCGCCCCCCACUUUAUAAACUUUCAAAAAUGA